GAUCAUAUGAUUCUGGUACAUCGUACCUGGCCCGGCCGAUACGCGCAAUCCUCACGACUGUGACUCGUGCGUUCGUCCCGCGUCCUCAGCAAGAGCUUCAGCAACGAAUUGUGAAUGCAUAUAUUGCAACAGCGCAAGUAUCCGCAAGACCUCGACCCCCUCCUCGCGCAGGUGCUACCGUGAUACCCAUUUCCUGAGCCUCUUUCCUCGACGCCCCCACCCUCUCGUCCGAGUUCAACCUCCGUAUGCACGCAUAGAGACACAUCUCUCAUCCACCACUCUCGACUCUUUGCCUACCGUGCACCAAUCCCGACCACUUGCGGAUCCUAGCCGCCUUCACAACAUGGCGACCUCUGCCUUGUCCACCCUUACGAGCCCUUUGCAGAGCCUCGCUUGGGCCCCUCUCGUCAAGCUCUCGCGAUCAGCCGUAUUGGGACUGUUUUCCCGUUUAACGGAGGGCACGCUGAAUCUGACGGACGUGGAUGGCACGACUUUCAAGUACGGGGAUCCCGUGCUGGUCAGAUCCAAACAUGGUCGAAGUAGCGCCUCCGGGGACCUGCACGAUGCUCGAACUUGCGCUCAGAAGAGCAGCAGUAGCAACUCGAGCGCUUCGCCGAGGGCCGAGUUGACCAUCAAGAGCGACACUUUUUGGGUCAGGAUGCUGGUUGGCGCGGACCUUGGCUUUGCGGAGUCGUACAUGGCGGGGGAGGUGGACACGAAGGAUCUCGGCGCUAUUUUUGCUCUGUUCAUCAGGAACCGUAGCGCGCUUUCAGAGAUGCAGGUCGGACUCGUGUCCAACGUCUCGAGCUACAUUCAAGGUUUGCUCAACAGACGCUAUGCCAACACGCGUGCUGGAAGCCUGUCAAACAUUGGCGCGCACUACGACAUUUCCAACAUCAUGUACGAAGCCUUUUUGUCCAAGGACAUGACAUACUCUUGCGCCGUCUUUCCCACCCUGGAUGCCGAUGUCAGCGGCCCCCUGUUAGAAAGGAACCUGGAAAGGGCCGCUCUCUCAGGAAGGCCGGUCCAGAAUGGACACGGAGGAACCACUCUUACGGGCGCUUUGCCCCGCGCCGUAUACUCAUCCGACGGACCCGGGGGCAUCACUCCACCCGACACAGAAGCCAUCUCUAGAGAUGCGGUGACGGAUGAGCUGGAAGCGGGUCAGCUGGCAAAGCUGCGUCUGCACAUAUCCAGGGCGAACAUUGGUAGCGGGGACAAGGUGCUGGAGAUUGGUACUGGUUGGGGUUCCUUUGCCAUCGAAGCGGUCCGACAGACUGGCUGCACGGUCGACUCACUGACCCUGUCCAUCGAGCAGAAGGCUUUGGCGGAAGCGCGCAUCCAGAAAGCGGGGCUGCAAGGCAGUAUUCGUGUGCACCUGAUGGAUUAUCGUGACAUGCCAUCCAGCUGGACCGACACGUUCGAUAGGGUCGUCAGCAUAGAGAUGCUCGAAGCGGUGGGCAUCGAGUUCUUGUCCGGUUACUUUGCGGCCAUCAACAGAGUGCUGAAGAGAUCUGGAGGGACAGCCUGCUUCCAGUGCAUCACGAUGCCCGAAUCUCGCUUCGACGCAUACAUCCACCAAGUCGACUUUAUCAAAAAGUGGAUCUUUCCAGGAGGCGUAUUGCCCAGCGUCACUUCUUUGGUCGAGGCGGCUACGCAAGGUUCCAAAGGAGGGCUGGUGCUCGACUCUGCCAUCUCCAUCGGCCCUCACUACUCUAGGACGCUGAGGGAGUGGAAGACGCGCUUCGAAGCCAACUUUGAUCAGACCAUCGCCCCCGCGCUUCUGAACGACCACGAGGAGAUUAGGAGACUGCCCCCCGCGCAACAAAAGAAACAGAUCGAGGUGUUUAGGAAGAAGUGGAUCUACUACUUUGUCUACUGCGAGAUCGGCUUUACCGAAAGAGUCAUUGGAGACCACAUUCUGGCUUUCACUCGAGAAGGAAACGUCACUUUGCCCGUCAUCUGCGCAUGACCUUCGUCCCCUUUCUUCUACCAUCUGACGGCCAGGCCAUGCAUGGCCCUCUAGGGUUCUCACCGUUUCAGAAUUGCCCGAAGCCAAAGUCUCAAGAUCGCCUCGUUUCGUCUUUGGUCAUGUUGUUCCUCGACUCCUCUUUCACUUUGCCGUGCAAUUCACAAUGCUGAAACUCUA